AUGAUUUCCCACCAAAUUGACGCACUUUUCCAACGGUCCAAAACGACUCUCCAUCUUCUCCAACUUCAUUCUCUAAUAAUCAAAAUAGCUCUUGAUCACGACGAAUAUCGUCUUUCCCAGUUCAUAUCCUUCUCAUCUUCAAUAUCUCUCCAAUUUUCUCGCACAAUCUUCGAUAAUUCUCCAAUUACUCCACCAAUCUUCGCUUGGAACACACUGAUGAGAGCAUAUUCAAAAAGCUCCACGAAAAUUGAGUCCGUGAAGCUCUUUAACCAGCUUCAAAAAAUGGAAUUAAAACAAGAUAAAUUCACAUUACCUGUCGUGCUAAAAUCUUGUGGGCAUUGUUUGAUGAUUGGAACUGGUGGGUCGUUGCAUUCAAUGGCUUUCAAGUCCGGUUUCAGUUCGGACAUACAUGUGAACAAUACCCUUUUGAGAAUGUAUGCGGUAUUUGGUGCGAUCGGAUAUGCUCGGCGAGUGUUUGAUGAAAUGCUUGAGAGGGAUAUAGUUUCUUGGAGUUCUAUGAUAGCCGCUUAUGUUCAUUGUAACUUGCCUUCAGAUGCUCUGCUCCUGUUUCAAAGCAUGAAGCUAGCAAAUGAACAGCCAAAUUCCAUCACUUUGGUCAGCUUGCUUGGAGCAUGUACUCAUGUCCUGAAUAUCAGAUUAGGGAGAUGUAUUCACUCGCACAUUGUCACCAGUGGUAUUGAACUACAUGUUGAACUGGAAACAGCCCUCCUGGGAAUGUAUGCAAAAUGCGGGCAUAUAGAGCAGGCUUUCCACAUCUUCAAUUCAAUGGCUGACAGAAAUCUGCAGACCUGGACCAUCAUGAUUUCUGGCCUUGCCGAUAAUGGCCAUGGAGAAGAAGCUGUAUCCUUGUUUACCUGCAUGGAAGAAGUUGGCUUUAGACCGGACAGCUUGUCAUUUUCUGCGAUUCUAUGUGCUUGUAGUCAUAAAGGCCUUGUUGAUUUGGGCCGUAAAUAUUUUCAUAAAAUGGUAAGUAUUUACAACAUCAGGCCAACUAUGGAACACUAUGGAUGCAUGGUGGAUAUGUUUGGACGUGCUGGAGAAUUAGAAGAAGCUUAUGAUCUUAUAAAGAGCAUGCCUAUAGAGCCAAAUUCUGUGAUACUUAGGAGUUUCAUUAGUGCUUGUAAGCAUCAUGGUCGUGUUCCUUGUGCAGACGAAAAUAUAAGAGAUAUUCUGCUCAAAAUAGAGCCUGAACUCGGAUCAAACUAUGUACUUGCUUCCAAUUUGUCUUUUCUUUUUAAUUGCAAUGAUGCAAACAGCCUAAGAUCAGCGAUGAAAGUGAAAGGGAUAAAGAAACAUCCUGGUAGUAGUUGGGUGCAGCUGCUUGGUGGUUCUUCAGAGGACAGCAUUUGAAGGAUCUGGCGACGGUAUUCUGGUUUAUGCCAAUAAAAGAGGAGUGAUUCGGAUCCGAGUCACUGCUACAUUCCAGUAAAUAAGCUAUGGUGGAGGAAAAUGAGUUCUUUCUUUUUUGAUGAUGCCAUCAGGCUGACACACAACUUUAGAGGAGCUAGUGCUUUGACCAUUGGGAAUAGAGUUAUACUGGUAUUCUGGUAAUCUAACAUUUUUGCGUAAUUGGAAACCACUGAAAAAGAUGAAAAUUAUAUUCAUCCUGAGGCUCAUGGGAGAUAAUUUUUGAGAGGAACUCCACAUAAUUGGUAAAUUUGAAAGAGGGCAAGUUGUGAUCUGGACUAAUUAUGAAAUGGGAGUCCUGGAAGGAAAGAGGCUGUUUAUGUCAGGUCAGAGACACAAGUUGUCAUCCUCCUCGAAUUACAUUAUGACAAUCAACUAUACCUCUAUCCCAACCUAGUUGUGAUUGGCUGUGAGUCUCCUAUAUCCAUUCUAUCCUAUUCGAGCUCAAGCUUUUCGAUACUGGUAAACAAUUUGUUGUCUCCUUAAACUAUUGUCUUUUCAAACAAGGUGGUGAAGAUACUAUAUUAGAAUGCUAUUCAGAAGAUGGGGUUAACCUAAAUGACACCUUUGCAUGGGAUGCAACUCUGGUUAAAAACUAUGAGGUGUUGCUCUGUCUUGGGCUGACGACACGGGGAAACAAAUUGAAAAAGCUUUUUGAGUGUCAAGAGUCAUGCAAGCUUAAACUUUCUUUAAUGUAUGUCGUUACUUUGGUCUAGCCGAUUGUCACUGAACUUUAAAACUUUCAUGUCAUGCUGGAACUACGUCCUCUCCUAGAACCUCUAAAAUGAAGGACAAUCAAGGAGUGAACAUGUCAUCAAAGGCGGAUCCAGAAUUUAAGCUUAAUGGGUUUAACCUUGCACUAAACUCGUUGUACUGUUAAAAUGAUGGGUUCAGAUCUAAACUUGUUGAUAUUUUAGUAGGUUUUUACGUAUAUAAUUAUAUUCCAUGUCGAAAGUUUUGAGUUGAGAUGAACCCAUAACCAAAAGACUGCAUUCGCCUCUGCAUGUCAUGCUGGUAUAUUUUUGUUGUAUGUAAUAUUUGGAAAGUGAAGCUUUGGUAGUUUAAUUACUCAAACUAGAAAAAUUUAUUUGGGUUGAUAUAACUCCUUUUCACAAGUUAUCUACUUUUAAAGUAUUUCUCUGAACGCUCUGCACGUUCCAAUAUGCAUCACUUAGACAGCCAUUUGCAUGUGUAGUGUUGUGUAAAGCUUGACUUCAAGCCAUCAGGAAAGGGGGAUGCUCUGUAUACUCAUUAUAUGUUAAUCAUCUAUGUCAUUCACAUUCUAUGAUUUUAGUAUGAUUAAGCUAAUCUUCACAUAAAUAUCUUCUUUAUUAUCACACUAGCCCAUGACAGUUGAAUUGAUGCUUACAGAUUUCUUAAAUAGAUGAUCUUCGUAUAGAACAGCUUACUCCCCUGUUUUAUAGUUUGUUGAAUUCCUUGAACAAUUAAAUAUGUGCCGAGAAAUCUGCAAUCUAUGUUAACUUUUGUAGAUAUUUAAUAUUUGUAUUUGAAGAAGUGUCACAAAGCUUGCUUCGGUUUAUUGAUUUAUUUUGAUUUUAUCCUUGGAUUGUUGACUGCAUUUUUGUUGACUCCUAAAAACUGAUGGAUUUUGCUCGCAUCAUGCAAUAUUUUAGUCUAAUCUUUGUAGAGGAUAAUUUUUCUUAGAUUAUAAGACCUUUUAUUUUUGAUUUAUGAAGUCUUGUCUACCCUUGGGGGAUAUUAUGUGUACGAUAACUGAAUUGACUGAUUAAAUCUUUAUUUUCUUAACUUCUUUCUAAAGCACCCUUUUAUAUGCUUUACCUUUUCCGCUUACAUGAUUAUUGUCUUAGAGACAAUUUUUUUGUUAUAGUUUCCUGGACUACUUUUGUAAUUUCCUAUUUAUGGUUCUUUAUUAUGCAUAUCGUGACAUUCACGCCCGUUACCAUGUUACAUUAUUGCUAAUAUUCUCUGCUACUUGGUUGCUUUAUCUUCAUUGUUCCUUGAGUCGAGGGUCUAUCGGAAACAACCUCUCUAUCUCUAUGAGGUAGGGGUAAGGUCUGCGUACACAUUACCCUCCCCAAACCCCAUUUAUGGGAUCAAACUGGGUUUGUUGUUGUUGUAAAUUCAGUUCUUUUACUAUUUGCUAUGCUGGUUCAUUUGUCUCCAAUCUGUAUUAAGUUUUAGCUGUAUGAGAUACAUUACAUCAUUGUUUGUCGUUUGUUUUGGCAGAGAUAAGUAGAUGUUGGAGAUUGAUUGAUACAGGCGUCUGACGUUCCUAAAUGGUUCAUGAGUUUCUUUUGCAGGAAUUAAGGUUCUCUUUCCACCACUGAGUUCCUUAUCUGGAUGUAGAUCACUCACCUAAUUGGAGAAAUUUUGUACUACGUUUACCUAUUAUAAAACUGGCUUUGGAGGUAUUCACCCAGCAGAGUAGGAGUGCUUUUAGGAAACUUCGUGGUGAGCUGCUUACUUGAUACGAUCCGCAACACAUGGAGUCCAUCUUCCCUAUUCUUUAUAUCUAUCUUUGUAUCUUAUUAUUUUUGAACAGACCUUGUAUUCAAUUGGUAUCUUGUACUCUUAUUAGAUGCUUGUGACUAGUUGUGAGUCAGUGGUGUACACAAGAAAUUUUAUAAGCGGUGUCAUCAUUUAAAAA